AUGAUUAAUUUCUUGAAUAACUUCUUAACGCUUAUGGUCUUACCAACCACUUCGGCUGUUCUCUCUGGUUUUAAUCAAAACAAUUUACCGUAUCAAAGUGAUCCUGGUGUUGGUCAAUAUGGUUAUAAUCAAUGUGGUAAAACGGCUACACCUUUUAGUAAAUGUCAGAAUGUGUUCAUUAAAUCUGCAACCGAUUUUUGUUUCUUUGCUCCUCCAACUGUUCAACCUGUUGGAAAUGCCGAAAGGAUUUCAGUUUCAUAUUGUACAAAAGAUGGACAUGGUACACGUUUAGUACCCAAAGAUACGUUUCAUAACUUACAUUAUGUUCGAACUCCUCAUUACAUUCAAAUCACUGCUAUUGGUGACUUUACUAAGGUGAACGUUCCUAAAGGAGAUGAAGGUGGUGAAUUAGAUCCAGCAGGAGCCGAUGGUCAUGGUAAUCCAUUAGGAGGAUUAGUGUUUGGUGAAAACAAUCAAUUCGAUCACUGGACCGAAUUUAUUUCAGAUGAAGAGUUUUGUAUAAGAGUAUGUUUCAAUGGACCCAAAGCAUCUGAAUACUGUGAACAUAUCUAUGAUGUGAUGGGUUGUCAAUGGAAUAUUCCAGGAAAUUAUGAAGGCAAUGGGUUUGAUCAAUGUGAUGGUGAAGAUGUUUCACUUCCAAUGGGAAAAUAUAAAUUACCUAAUGGUAAGAUUGGAACUUGGCAUCAAGGAGAUAAAACUCCAGCACCACCUGCAAAUCCAGCUGGAAAAGUCAAAAAUUGUUUUGGUGUAAGCCCACCAGGUCAAUAUAAGUAUCAAAAACCAUCUCAAAUGGAAAAAUUUAAUAAAGAAAUUAAAUCAAAUCAUCAAUUAACUGGAAAAGAAAAGAUCAAUGAAAUGAUGAAAAAUUUACAAUAA